CCCCCUCCCACUCCCACUCCCACACACAGACCGACAGACGCGCACAUGCUGUCUGCGAACUCGGAUCUGGCAUCUUCAGCAUCACUCUGAAUCUGUGUGUCCCAGUCCGAUCAGACAUUUAACCCGAACAUUUACAAAUUAAAAAAAACAGCACCCCUUCGGAGAGGAUGGCUGCUCGUCCCUGGUGCCCAGCCCUGCUCCUCACCUUGCUGCUGGUGGGUGACUUCGCCCUGACGGACAGCGCCGAGCCCGGCUCUAGAAACAACAAGAGGGGCUCCUCCCAGCAGUUGACGGGCACUGCCAACUACCUCCAGAGCCCUGAGCUGUGGGCACAGCAGCCAGGGCACCACCGCAGACAGGGAGGCCGCAAGGACAAGGCCAGAGAGGUGCAGCAGCUGGGCCGUCCCGAGGAUGACGGACCGGGCCUGGAGGGGCUGACCCCAGUGAGGCUGGAGCAGGGGGAGAGGGAGAGUCGGCCCUCGGCCCUACAGGACGAGCACCACGGAGGGGAGUUCCAGGGGUUCGGGCUCCCCUUCCACGAGCCAGACAACCACCCGCCCAGUGCAGAGUCCACGCUGAAGGGCAGGAAGCAGCACAAGAAGCACAGGGGCAAGGACAAGGCCAGGCACGACAAAGGGCGCCUUGUGGAUCCAGAGCCGGGUUUGCUGUUCAAGCAGGUGGAGGUGUUUGAUGAGCCCCCCCCCUCGGAGAGUGCCUCCCCCUCCUCACCCCCUGCACCCCCCUCCUUCAGCACCAGCUACACCACCACCACCACCACCCUGGUGACCAUGGCAACGAGCCAGGAACCCCCUGCACCACCCCCCGCCGCUACACGACCAAAGAAACCCUCGCAGGGGCGUGUGAGGUCAGACGGUGAUGUCAUGCCAACGCUGGACAUGGCCCUCUUUGAUUGGACGGACUACGAGGACCUCAAACCAGCAUGGCCCUCCUCCAGGAAGAAAGACAAGCGGCGCAGUAAGAACCUCAGCAGCGGGAACGAGACUCUGGAGGGUGAGGCCGAAGCCGAACCAUGUGACCACCACCUCGACUGCCUGCCCGGGUCCUGCUGUGACCUCCGCCAGCACGUGUGCAAACCGCACAACCGCGGACUCAACAACAAGUGCUACGACGACUGCAUGUGUGAAGAAGGACUCCGGUGUUACGCCAAAUUCCACCGGAACAGGAGGGUGACACGGCGACGUGGCCGGUGCAUCGAUCCCGAGUCUGCCGACAACGACCAGGGCUCCUUCAUGACGGUCUGAGAGCAGGAGGGAGCAGUGAUGCUCCACGCCACACAUAUCCAGGCGUGCUAGAACAGCUGUCUCCACGCAAGGCCAACGCGACGUCAGCUGUUUCUAUAUUCAACGUAUCAGUUCUGCUUUAUCGUGGAUUUCUAGGGAUUUUUCUUUUUGUAAUAUAUAAUACUGUAUAUCGAAGAUUGUUACAUUGUACAAGGAUUUUGUCUUUUAUUAAAUGUGUUUUGUGUUCAGUUCAAGAUGCCAAAACUGCUGUGAAAUCACUGCCCUUUUUUUGUAUAAAGAAAACGAAUUUCAUUUCCAGGUGUUUUUUAUAAUUUUUUUUUUUUUUUUUAACAAUUCUGAAAUAUAGAAGAGAUGAAAACUGAGAUUUUAUUUAUUUAUUUAUUUAUUUGGGGGGGGGGGGGGGGGUUAUGUGUCGUAAACGACAGGCUGGUGAGCUUGUGUACAUAUACAGAAGGAUUGCCAUGGCCGAGUUCAAAUCAGCAUGAAGUUUUAACAUCUACUCUCAUGUAAUGGAAAUCAUUGAAUACUAAUGAAGUUGAGGGUUUGUAAUAAGUAAGACCCGGAGAGGGGUCUGGUGGAUGCUGUGAUGUUGUGACGUACUGCAUGCGUAUCUCCAAUGACUGUUAAUAAAGAGAGGACUACUAUCUAGUGCCUGUGAGACUGAAA